UCGGCAGUGUUCGGCAGUGUUCGGCAGGUCCGCGAGGGGUGCCCGAUCGAGAUGUCCGAGGAAUCCGCGAAGGGAAGGUACAGCGCCCCCGAGGGCUCCAGGACGUGGGAGUAUUUGGCGGCCUUCUCCUGUUCCAUCGCGGCGCUCUGCCUAGGGUGCAUCGUCGGAUGGAACUCGCCGAGCAGCGUGAAACUCACCGCGCCGGACUCGCCGAUCGCGGUGACGGUGUCGCAGAUCUCGACCAUGGCCGCCCUGGUGGCCGUCGGCCACAUGCUCGCGCCGCCGAUCAGCGGCGCCGUCGUCGACCGAAUAGGACGGAAGAACACCUUGCUGCUGAGUGGCUUACCGCUCGUUCUCAGCUGGUCCAUGAUCAUCGUCGCCAGGAGCGUCGCCGUACUCUACGUGGCGAGGUUCCUGAGCGGCAUCACCCUCGGCGGGACCGUCUGCGUCUGUCCGAUGUACCUCGGUGAGAUAGCGUCGGUGAAGCUGCGGGGUGCCGUGGGGGCAGCCGUGAGUUUCAUGUUCAACCUGGGUAUCUUCUUCGCCUUCCUGGUGGGGCCGUACCUCUCGGUACCGGCGUUGUCGUCGGUGUUUCUGGGAAUCUCCGUUGCUUUCGUGGUCAGCUUCUGGUUCAUGCCGGAAUCGCCGUAUUACUUGGCGAUGGUCGGUCGCGUGGAAGAAGCCGAAGAGGCCUUGGAAAAGCUGCGAGGCAAAAGCGACGUGACCGAGGAGCUGGAGUCGAUAACGAGCUCCUCGAAGGACAAGGGCAAGAGUCGCGAGCGCGUCGGGAUGAAGGAGCUGUUCGCGAUUCGCGGAAAUCGAAAGGCGCUGCUCAUCCUCCUGAUAUUCGUCUCCACGCAUCACUUUGGCGGAUACUUUAGCAUCAUCACCUACGGUCAGUUGAUUUUCAGGGAGAUGGGAGACCUCGUUCCCGAUCAUCUGGCUACCAUCGCCAUGGCGGGGACUCAGCUCGUCGGGUCCGUUUUAACGACCUUCCUGGUGGAAAGAACGGGCAGGAAGCCCCUGAUAUUCUGUUCCGGGUUUCUUUGCGCGAUCUGCACGUUUCUCGUAGGUAUGUUCUUCUACGCGAGAGACUACAUGGAACGGGACGUGUCGCCGUACGCCUCGAUCCCGUUCGUCGCCACGAUCGUUUACGUCUUCGCCUUCACGCCGGGUCUCGUCAGCGUCCAACUCAUAUUGGCCUCCGAGGUCUUCGUCACCGACGUCAAAGCCUUGGGUACGUGUAUCCUGGGCGUAGUCGGCGGCGUCCUCGGCACGGUCGGCGUCAAGCUGUACGUUCUCCUGGCGGUCAAAUGGGGAUUCGGACAUUCGGUGCCGUUCCUCGGCUUCUCCGUAAUUCUGACGCUUUGCACCGUCCUUCUGAUGCGUCUCGCUCCGGAAACCAAGGGCAAGACGUUGGUGCAAAUCCAAAAGGAGCUCAACGAGUGAAGGCUCCGCGACUUCCGUCGCCGAUCGUCCUCGAGCGUUUCGUCGGUCGAACGGAGAGAUGCUUUGUCAUUGUUUGUUCAACGGCACGCUCGAGAGCCACGCAUUUCGUGGCGCCGAUACGACGAGUCGUUAUCGAAAUCGAGUGCAAGACGUUUGAAUUCGAACGGUUCGAGCUCGAUAAAUGCUCCGCAAACACGGUUGCGGUUAACGCGUUCUCCGAUCGUAGACGUGGAACGCAAGAUACGUCAAGAAAGUCGCUUUAUCACGGUUACGGUCGCGACGGUAUCUCGCUCGCACGCGACGACCGUAUCGAAAGUCAUCUUAGCUAAGGUCAACGAUCCAUAAAAACGACGAACCGGCAUCCUGGCGGCAUCCGAUGUCGCGGACAGAAAGAGAUUCUAACGCGGCACCUACCCCAGAGCGCGAACUCGAAUAAAAUUCAUACACGUAGCGGAA